AGGACAUCCCAGCGUGUGGCAGAUGGAGGAGGGAGGUGGGGGUGAGGAGCCUGGUAGGAGGCUGGCAUGUUUUCCCAUCUAAACCGGUGACAAAGUGGCGAGCAGCGGCUCCCCAGAGCAGAGGAGAUCACAGCCACCGCACGGAGAGGGACGCGGAGCGGGAGGAGAGCCGAACACCGCACAGCCUGCAGCCGCUGGAGCCACAGCAUCGGGGCGGGGAUCUGAACUGAGCCACAUCGGAGGGAGCGACGUUUUUCUUUUUUCUCCUUUUUAAACCCGGAGAGCAGGCAGCUAUUUUGACGUUGUGCCUGCUGUGUUUUGACGGUAGGGCGCGUUGUCUGCCGAACUCCUUUCCAUUCCUCCUCCAGAUCGGCAGAGAUGGGCAUGACUUCUCCACUGCUGCUGUUGAUAUGCAUAUACCUGUCGGCAGUUGGCCGGGCGCGCUUGGAGGGCGUCUGCCUCCAGGACGGCAAGCACAAGGCCACGCCCGGCGCGGAGCCACACCUGUCCGAGUGCGGGCUUUACGCCGACAACAGCUGCUGCACUGAGGAAGACAUCCAGGAUAUUGCCUAUGUUCCUUCUGACCGCAAUAAGAACGAACCCUGGGACAAGUGUGGCCCUCUGAGCUCAGAGUGCGAGGGCUAUCUGAAGCGCGUGUCGUGUUUUUACCGCUGCUCCCCUGACGCCUCCCGCUGGCCUCAUCCUCACCGCCGCUCGUACAUCCAGGCGGUGCCGCUCUGCCACAGCUUCUGCCGUGACUGGUUCGAUGCCUGUAGGUUGGACAUGACGUGUGCUCGCAACUGGGCCAGGGACCCUCGGGGCCAGAACUGCACUGGGACCUGUGUUCAGUAUCAGCAGAUGUAUCAGCACGGCAGGGAUCUCUGCGAGAGCCUGUGGGGCGACGCCUUCAUGACGGUGGAGGACGACCAGCAGGAGGCGGGCGAGGCGGGAGAAAACGGGGCGGAGGGCCGGCCCUGCGGCUGUCUCACCCUCAGUCCCUCAGACAAGGACGUGAUUGCGGCGCUGCGGGCCCAGCAGGACGACCCGGAGGAGCUGGACACCACCAAGGCCGGCCUGCCGCAGUACCGGGCUCCCUGCCAGACCAAGCUGCCGCCGCCGGCCAAGAGCGGCCGGAGGGCGAACUCCGUCCUACGGAAACGCUCGGUGGAGAUCGACGACGUGGAGGGGAGCGGGAGCGGUUUGUAGAUCCUGUUCGGUAAACAUGUCACUAGUUUUCAAUGCGUAAUGCUAAACUGUGAAAAUAAAGGCGUAACUUUGUCCCUCUAAAAAAAAAAUUACGUACAUGGCGUUACAUAUUUACAGCAGAGGGUUAGGGCCACUGUAGAU